CUUUUAAAUCCACCAAUACUAGAAAGGAAAAAUAUCCUCUCCACAAUUCUUGAUCCAAUGGAUUCCAAGAAACUCUCCUUCUCUCUCCUCUUCCUUGUCAUCAACCUCAUGUUCUUUUCCCUUGUGAGUGGCUGUUACAUUUGCAACAACCCUAACCCCAAACCAAACCCUAACCCUAACCCUAACCCUAACCCUAGCCCAGCUAAGGGGAACUGCCCAAGGGAUGCCCUAAAGCUAGGAAUAUGUGCUAAGCUAUUAAACGGUAGCAUCGGAACUGAAAUUGGGCAGCCACCGGACCACCCUUGCUGCUCAGCCCUCGGCGGCCUGUUGGAUCUUGAAGCCGCUCUUUGCCUGUGCACUGCAUUGAAAGCUAACAUUCUUGGAAUCAACUUGAACAUUCCAAUUUCACUGAGCUUGCUCAUCAACACUUGUGGCAAGACUCUCCCUAAGGAUUUCAUUUGUGCUUAGCUACUACUUCUUACUAGUUAGUCAAUGUUUCGGUGUUUGUAAUUCUCUUCUGUUUUCCGUUUCUUGUUUUUUGGUUUUUAACUUUUAAUUAUUGCAGUAUUGGUGCAUCGAGGGAUUCCUUCUCUUUGUAAUGCUUGUUGUUUAAGGAUUAUUAUUCAGUUUGAGAUUUA